AGUGAAGUGAGGUACAAAUUUAGUCACCAGAAACCCAAUACCCCGAACAAAACCCUCAAACAAGAAAAGACCGCACCUUUACUGGCGAUGAAACUCGCGGGACUAAAAUCGUUCGAGAACGCCCACGAGGAGUCCAUCUGGGCGGCGACGUGGGUCCCGGCUACGGAGACCCGAUCCGCCCUGCUGCUGACCGGCUCCCUCGACGAGACCGUCAAGCUAUGGAAGCCCGAUGAGCUGGUCCUCCAGCGAACCAAUACCGGCCACUGCCUUGGAGUGGUCUCCGUCGCCGCUCACCCUUCCGGCCACUUUGCCGCCUCCGCCUCCCUCGACAGCUUCGUUAGGGUUUUUGAUGUCGACACCAACAACACCAUAGCUAGUCUCGAAGCCCCUCCUUCCGAAGUCUGGCAAAUGCAAUUUGAUCCCAAGGGCACCAUCCUAGCAGUUGCCGGUGGGGGCAGUGCAUCAGUGAAGCUUUGGGACACAGCGACAUGGAAUUUAGUUGCCACUUUAUCUAUUCCUCGGCCUGAAGCACCAAAGCCCUCUGAGAAACACAGCAGCAAGAAGUUCGUUCUGUCAGUUGCCUGGAGUCCGGAUGGAAGGCGGCUUGCUUGUGGCUCUAUGGACGGAACUAUUUCCGUGUUCGACAUUGGCCGUGCCAAGUUUCUUCACCACCUGGAAGGCCACUUCAUGCCCGUACGUACACUGGCAUAUUCUCCCACCGAACCAAGGUUGCUGUUUUCGGCCUCAGAUGAUGCCCAUGUACACAUGUAUGAUGCUGAGGGAAAGACUCUUGUUGGAGCCAUGUCAGGGCACGCGAGCUGGGUGCUGAGUGUGGAUGUUAGCCCAGAUGGGACUGCUAUUGCAACAGGAUCAAGUGACCGAACAGUGAGGCUAUGGGAUAUCGGCAUGAGGGCUGCUGUCCAGACAAUGAGCAACCACGCUGACCAAGUUUGGGGAGUGUCCUUUGGACCAGCCGGAGGGCCUGGUCGGCUUGCAAGUGUAUCGGAUGACAAGAGUAUAUCCUUAUAUGACUUCUCCUGAGAAAAGUUACUCUUAGAAAAUGAGGACUCCGAAGAUUUGUGAUAGUUUAGGGUCAUUGCAACUUCUUCUGGUGUUAAAGUUUCUCGAGAAAUUGAUUUCAUACAUUGUUAAAUUGCAUAAUGUACUUGUAAUUUUUUAAAUUAUAAUUGCCUAAAAAGAGGAUCCUACUCCUAGUGUGAAA